UCUGCGGAAGGCGCCGCUGUUGGCUUCGGCGGCGCCGCUGUAGCUUGGAGGCGGUACUUCCCCCAGCAUUUGCCGCGAGUUAUUGGCAGGUUCCCCCGCAGUCGUUUGGGCUGUCGCUGUGGCUGGUUCUGUGGUGUGCGGCCAGCCAUGGAGCGCUCUGGGCCCAGCGAAGUGCCAGGCUCAGACGCAUCGGGACCGGACCCGCGGCUUGCGGUCACCAUGGGCUUCACGGGGUUCGGUAAAAAAGCUCGCACAUUUGACUUGGAAGCAAUGUUUGAACAAACUCGAAGAACAGCUGUGGAAAGAAGUCGCAAAACACUGGAAGCAAGAGAAAAAGAGGAAGAAAUGAACAGAGAGAAAGAAUUAAGAAGACAAAAUGAAGAUAUUGAGCCAACAUCCUCAAGAUCAAAUGUGGUCAGAGAUUGCUCCAAAUCAUCUUCCAGAAAUGCUCCAAAUCACAUGGAAUUAACAUCGAUUCGUAAGCCAACUGAUAAAAAGAAAAUGUGUAAUCAGAAAGAAAAUCCUACAAAGAAAGAAGAUCAUGAAAAGUUAUCACAAAAUACACUUCCUGUAAUAGGUGUUUGGGAAUUUGAACGUGAUGAUGAUGAAUAUAUUAAAUUCCUUGAUCUGUUUUUGAGUUACAUUCUUGAAAGAGACCUACCUUAUUCCAGGGAUGCUGGCAUUCCAUUUCUAACUAGUUUUUCUGGAAAGCUUAGAGAACAUGAACUUAAUUCUUUACUUUUUGAUGUACAUACAACAUUAAAAUGA